GCGCGCUUCUAUUAUUGUCCGAGGCUGUAGGGCUCGCUUCCGGCGUCAUGGCUCAAAGGGCCUUCCCGAAUCCUUAUGCCGAUUAUAACAAAUCCCUGGCCGAAGGCUACUUUGAUUCUGCCGGCAGGCUGACCCCUGAGUUCUCACAACGCUUGAACAAUAAGAUUCGGGAACUUCUUCAGCAAAUGGAGAGAGGCCUAAAGUCAGCAGACCCUCGGGAUGGCACUUGUUACACGGGUUGGUCAGGUAUUGCGUUGCUGUACUUGCAUCUCUAUGAUGUGUUCGGGGACCCUGUCUACCUGCAGAUGGCACAUGGAUACAUAAAGCAGAGUCUCAACUGUUUGACCAAGCGUUCCAUCACCUUCCUGUGCGGGGAUGCGGGCCCUCUUGCAGUGGCUGCUGUGGUUCAGCACAAGAUGAACAAUGAGAAGCAGGCAGAAGAGUGCCUCACACGAUUGAUUCAUCUAAAUAAGAUUGAUCCCCAUGCUCCGAAUGAAAUGCUGUAUGGACGAAUGGGCUACAUCUAUGCACUGCUUUUUGUGAAUAAGCACUUUGGAGAGGAAAAGAUUCCUCAAAGUCAUAUUCAGCAGAUUUGUGAGACAAUUUUAACCUCUGGAGAAAACCUGGCUAGAAAGAGAAAUUUCACAGCAAAGACACCACUGAUGUAUGAAUGGUACCAGGAAUAUUACGUGGGGGCUGCUCAUGGCCUAGCAGGAAUUUAUUACUUCCUGAUGCAGCCCAGCCUUCAGGUGAGCCAAGCCAAGUUACAGAGUUUGGUGAAGCCCAGCAUAGAUUACGUCUGCCAGCUGAAAUUCCCGUCUGGUAAUUACCCUCCAUGCGUGGAUGACAGUCGGGAUCUGCUUGUCCAUUGGUGCCACGGAGCUCCUGGAGUAAUCUACAUGUUGAUCCAGGCCUAUAAGGUGUUCAAAGAAGAACGGUAUCUCCACGACGCCUGCCAGUGUGCUGACGUGAUCUGGCAAUAUGGGUUGCUGAAGAAAGGAUACGGCCUGUGCCACGGGGCCGCGGGAAAUGCCUACGCCUUCCUGACGCUGUACAACCUCACACAGGACAUGAAGUACCUGUACAGAGCCUGUAAGUUUGCUGACUGGUGCUUAGAUUAUGGAGAACACGGAUGCAGAACACCAGACACCCCCUUCUCCCUCUUUGAAGGAAUGGCUGGAACAAUCUAUUUCCUGUCGGACCUGCUAGUCCCCAUGAAAGCCAAAUUCCCUGCGUUUGAACUCUAA